AACUUACCCGGCACCAGUUAUUCUGGUUCGGUCUUCAGCGCCGCCGUAGCUCUCUUUUCCCGUAUUCACUGCCACCGGCGAGAAUUGACGGCAACCCUAAUUUCAAUCGGCAGGUCCGGGUUAUUGAGAAGUUCAGAAUUUUAAAUAAAGAUGUCUUAUGAUGAUGUUGAGAUAGAGGAUAUGGAAUGGAAUGAGGAGCUGCAAGCUUAUACAUACCCGUGUCCUUGUGGUGAUCUUUUCCAGAUUACUAAAGAAGAGCUAAAACUUGGUGAGGAAAUUGCCCGUUGCCCUAGCUGCUCUCUCUACAUCACCGUCAUCUACAAUGCCGAGGACUUUGCUGAUCAGAAAUCCAACAAAAAUCUCAAUCCACAAAAGCAAACUGUUGCUGUUGCUUGAAAUCUUUCAGGUCGCUUGAGACUUCAUUAUUUGUAUAAUUUCAGUUUCAAAAAGGUUUCCUUUAUUAGGUCCCUGAGCUUUUGAACUUGGAUGCUUUCUUGUGUGAUUACCAUGAGUGGCAAUUCAUUGUCCUGAGCCUGAUAUGACAAUGUCAGUUCAAGACAUAACAUCUCGGAUUCUUCCUCAUCAAUACCAUUUUUAUAAGAAAAGAAUUUUGAGAACUUGGUUGUAGUAACUAGUAUUUAUGCUAUUUGUGAUAGUGAUACUAAAUUUUGCGAUACAUUAAUAGUGUACUCGAGUUGGAGAUAGGAAGAGAAAGCGGAGAACAGUUGGCAUUGAGAUUUUAUUGAUUUAGGGAGUUUAUGUAACAAUAGAAUUAUGGAACAGUUGCAAGUCUGUAAUAAAACAAGGUAUCUUCUUGCACCUAUUAACUUAUGCAUAUUGUGUGUGGUUGUAGUGUUCAACUAUUCUUGCAUUUUCUCAUUGUUUGAAGUUGAUAGAUGUGGAUUGUUAUCCAUCCCCAGCAGUUGUUUCCCAUUGAAGAAUGAUACUUGUCUUGACAGUCUUGUGAUUCCAUACUUCCAUUACUUCGCGAUGUAAUACAAGUAGUAUGAACUU